AUGACAUGAGGAUGUGAGAGAACAGCGGGCUGGGCAGAUGAUUUCAAAGCCUUUCUCGAGCGGACUGAUAAAUAUAUGGACGAUGAGGAAUAUAAGGACUGACUGAGGGAACGGUCUGUGUUUGAGCCCGAGUCUUCCUCCGCUCUCAGUGAUGGACUAAACCUGAGCAGUGUGUGUGUGUGAGUGUGAGUGUGUAUGUGUGUGUGUGUGUGUGUGUGUCAGGAGCAUGACUGUGAGGCGGUUGCUGCUCAACUACCAUUGAGAACACAAAAAAUGCGAGUGUGAAGCUGCAGGUCAGGCAGCACAGCCACAUGAUCCCAUGACUCUGGACAUGGACGCGGUCCUGUCAGACUUUGUUCGGUCCACAGGGGCAGAACCGGGUCUGGCACGAGACCUGCUGGAAGGUAAAAACUGGGACCUGAGCGCGGCUCUGAGCGACUAUGAGCAGCUCCGGCAGGUUCACACUGCCAACCUGCCGCACGUCUUCAAUGAGGGCCGAUACUACAAGCAGACGGAGCGCAGCAGCAGCAGCAGCACACCACAGCACAGCAGCAAGCCGGAGCAGAAACAGCCAGAGGACAACGCACAGGAGAAGCGUCUGUCCCGGGGCAUCUCUCACGCCAGCUCUGCCAUCAUGUCUCUGGCACGGCUGCAGGUGUCGGGGGACUGCGCCAGAGAGCAGUUCCCCCUGGAGAUGCCCAUCUACACCUUCCAGCUGCCCGACCUGAGCGUCUACAGCGAAGACUUCCGCAGCUUCAUCGAGCGCGACCUGAUCGAGCAGUCCACCAUGAUGGCUCUGGAGCAGGCCGGUCGUCUGAAUUGGUGGUCCACCAUGUGCACCAGCUGUAAGAAGCUUCUACCGUUGGCCACGACAGGAGACGGGAACUGCCUUCUGCACGCAGCUUCUUUAGGAAUGUGGGGCUUUCAUGACCGGGAUCUGGUGCUGAGGAAGAGUCUUUACGCCAUGAUGAAGAGCGGAGCGGAGAGAGAGGCACUGAAGAGGAGGUGGAGGUGGCAGCAGACUCAGCAGAACAAAGAGUCGGGUCUGGUGUACACGGAGGAGGAAUGGGAGAGAGAGUGGAACGAGCUGCUGAAACUGGCCUCCAGCGAGCCCCGCACACACUUCAGCAAGAACGGCAACUCCAGCGGAGGGGUGGAUAACUCUGAAGACCCGGUGUAUGAGAGUCUGGAGGAGUUCCAUGUGUUUGUCCUGGCUCAUGUCUUGCGGAGGCCGAUUGUGGUGAUCGCGGACACAAUGCUCAGAGACUCCGGCGGAGAAGCGUUUGCACCCAUCCCGUUCGGAGGUCUGUAUCUGCCCCUGGAGGUUCCUCCGAACCGCUGCCACUGUUCCCCGCUGGUGCUCGCCUACGACCAGGCGCACUUUUCUGCACUCGUGUCCAUGGAGCAGAGAGACCAGCAGAGAGAGCAAGCUGUCAUCCCACUGACCGACUCGGAGCACAAGCUGCUGGCGUUGCAUUUUGCAGUGGACCCUGGGAGGGACUGGGAGUGGGGGAGGGAUGACAAUGACAAUGCUAAGCUGGCAAAUCUUAUUCUAUCACUGGAAGCUAAACUGAACCUUCUGCACAACUAUAUGAAUGUAACAUGGAUUCGAAUUCCUUCUGAAACAAGGGCUCCCUUGGCUCAGCCAGAGUCGCCCACUGCCUCUGCAGGUGAGGACGUACAAUCUCUGGCAGAAUCCAUGGACUCAGACCGGGAGUCUGUUUGCAGUAACUCCAACAUCAAUAAUGGCAAGACGAGUAAGGAUAAGGACAAGGACAAGCAGCGCAAGGAUAAGGAUAAAACACGCACAGAUUCUGUGGCCAACAAACUGGGUAGCUUCAGCAAGACUCUGGGUAUCAAACUUAAGAAGAAUAUGGGUGGCCUUGGAGGACUUGUCCAUGGUAAGAUCAGCAAGUCCAACUCAACGAAUGGAAGAACGGUGGAAAAUGGAGAGCAGAAAUCCAAGAAAAAGGACUCGAAAACACGAAAAGGAAGCAAAGAGGAGUCAGGCCAGUCGGCCAGCACGUCCUCCUCAGAGAAGGCAACCAGUCCCUCUCCCACAGACCGUGCUUCUGGGAGCUCACCUGUUGAGAGACCGCCAGGAUCAGGCAAAAACUCUGGAGAUCGGACGCUUGACAACUGGAAGUACAGCACAGAUGUCAAACUCAGCCUGAACAUCCUCCGGGCAGCCAUGCAGGGUGAGCGCAAGUUCAUCUUUGCUGGUUUGCUGCUCACAAGCCACCGGCACCAGUUUCACGAAGAGAUGAUCAGCUUCUACCUGAGCAGUGCCCAAGAACGCUUCAGUGCCGAGCAGGAGCAGAAAAGAAAAUCUGAGACUGAGAAAAAGCCUCAGACCAAUGGUGUGGCACUUAAGAAGCCCGAACAGGAGAGUGUUUUCCAAAGAGAGUGUUCGGAUAGCUCUCUGCCUGAAAGCUGCUCUCCGGUGUUGCACCCUAGCCAUAAUCCUUCCCUUGGAUCUGUGAAGGUCCAAGAAAGGGGAAGCCCAAAGCUUGCUGCCUCCCCAAUCCCUAUACCAAUUCCAGCCUCCAUCCCAGGAUCCUCCAUGUCCCCCGUCCCCUUUUCCUCCCCCAGUAACGGUGCUAAGAGACCCGGACCAGUCCCUGUUUCAGCUCACUAUAGCCAUACCCCACCAAUCCAGAGGCACAGUGUCAUCCACCUCAGAGAUGUCAACGUGCAGUCGUCAAGCUACCACGAUGAGUCCUACAAGCCAACGGUGGGUACGCUCAAAACCUGUGCCACCUACCCACAGCAAAACCGCUCACUGUCCUCUCAAAGCUACAGCCCAGCUCGCAUGUCUGGCAUCCGCACCAUCAAUGCCGUAGAUACCCUCUCGUACAACAUGCCUGGGGAACACAAGUCCCACACCUACACCAACGGCUUCAACGCUGGUGACAUUCGGGACUGUCUAGAGUUCGCAGAUGAGGAUCCCGCACCCAAUGCCUGGUUGGGGCAGGACAAAACCAAAGGGCAGAGUGGCAUUUGCCCAAUGUACUGUUUUCAGCAGAAACGCUGCAGGAGGGAGAACUGCACCUUCUACGGCAGACCUGAGACAGAAAACUUCUGCUCUUAUUGCUAUAGAGAGGAGCUGAAACGCAGGGAACGAGAGUUGAAGGUGCAUCGACCUGGAUAGCCCUGCAAGCCCACACACAUAUAUAUCCACCUCCGAUGUGUGUGGACAAAAAACAACAACAGCAACACCACCACAUUUUUUGCACUUUGCAAGCGAUACAAAGAACUGGCAUAACAUUUUCCUACUAUAUUUAAGAUCGGCCUCCUUGUAUUCUUGUUACUUUACUCUCAAUAGCGAACGAACACUGCUUUACAAUGACAGGAAGUGCAACCAGAAUCAGUUUACAGCUUUGGCCAGAGAUUGUGUUAUUGUUUGUCCUACGUCCGAUUGAAUUCAAUCUUUUACUUGUUCUAGAGUAAAAGCUCUCGUAUUUUGCUCAGUCUGUGUUGUAAACCUUGUACCUUCAGAAGGAGACGUAAAAGCAUAUGUCAGUCUCUAACGGGAGCUUCCCGAAUCAUGGAAGGGGAAAACUCCUGUUUUGAGAUCAUUAUAACGCAAUACUUCACAGCAUAGCUCUUUGGAAUCGUAAUGUUGAAUAACAUCAGUUUUUGCUGUGCGUUGCAAAUAAUUACCAAGGGAGGGAGAUGCACUGUUCAGCACGUGGAUUUUUUUGAAAGCAAUAAGUUUGGUAACAACCGCCACCCCUCCCCCCUUUUAUCUAUGCAUUCAUGACGUCAGCCAUAUUCUACCUUUUCCCCAUAUGAUUGUAAGGGAAACUGAUAUGAUUAGUCUGCUGUACAGGGAUUAUUAUUAUGGUGGAUAAAUAUUCAUAUAUGGCAUAUCAAAGAAUACUGACUUUCCAUCGUGCAGUAUACUGUAAUAUAAAGCCUUCAGUAGAAGGGUUUGCGUUCCAUCAUGGUCUCAAAUGAAACCUCACUAUUGUGUGCUACUUGACAUCCGGUAAGCCUUUGGACUUCCAUUCUUUGCUGUCUGUACUUGCAAUAUAUAACACAGUCAUGCUAGCAAAUGCUAAAUUACAAGAACCACCUUACCUUAGGAUUUAAGUAUGGAAUGCAAACCCUUACAAGCUUCAGCAGUGGACUAAAGGUGGAAAGCUUAUGAAACUGUGUUUGUGUCAACUGUUUAACACCACAGCUCGGCUACAAGCAACUGCUUUUCUGUAGCACUCAUGCUAACACUGCCUCUCACGUGCCAAAAAAAGGUCCAUCACCUCCAUUUCAUUUGUCCUCAGGAAUAUUAGUCUUAAUCACACAACUGUGAUUAUCAUAUACAUAAAGCAACUACAUUUCUAAAUUGGCUAUGUAAAGGUACUGAUCUACCUCUCGAAAGCAAUUUAGAUGUUUGACUCGUGUAAGAUCACAUCGCAGUGUAAAAUUGUGUCCUAACCAGGCACCGUUAUUAAAACUAGCUGUAGUCUUCAUGUCUACGACAAAUUUACAACGUUCACAAUGUUUGUUUUUUUUUGUGGACAAAUGAGAAUGAGUGGAGAGUAGAGAUACUCAAUGCAAAGGAGAACUAUUUCACAUUUUAUUCAAACAAAAGCUUGGGUUCAUUUAUUCCUCAUCAAUUUAGCUAUAUUCUGAUUGGCUAGGAAAUGUUAAACCAGAUUUCUGAUGUAAAAAUCGUACACUUCGAAUUACAAAUUGACAAAGUGAAUCAUUUUAAAUUCUAUACCGAAACCCAAACUUCUGCACAUCGCAAGAAAUUAGUUGUGUUACGUUAAAUAUAGAGCUAUGUGGGAACCAACAAAUAGAAAAGAUUAACUGCCUGCCACUUAUUUAAUGUGCCUAGUUAGAACGAGUUUUAACACAAAACUAAGUCUCUAAAUGUACAAUUUAGAAUAUUUCAAGUGUAUUUUUGUUUUUAGAUUUCAAUCACGGCAGUGCAAACAACAACACGCUAACAUCAAACAACAACACGCUAAGCUACCGACUGACUGAAGGCUGAUUUAUACUUCUCCGUCGAGCGCACGUGUAUGGUCCAGCGGAACCUUCACACGGUCGCAUAGCUGUCACCAACGCUGAUGCACACUUCUCAAAAAUGAAGUGUGCAAUGACGCAUAGCGUAAGCUCUGUGAUUGGUUGGCUUGGUAGCUUUGACGAGUGUGGGCGGUGCUGAGAGCCGCGAGCCCGAUGAAGUGAGUGUUUACAAGUGUCGAGUCCCGUGAAGGAGCUCCAGAUGGAAACUUUUGUUUUGUGUUUACCUUAUGAUUAAAGCUGUUGUACGUCCACCAACUCCCGCCUCUGAAUGAGCGAGUUUUAGCUACUUGUAGCGUUCAGAAAAAAAAACAAAACACCCGUGAAAAAACUCGACACAGAGGAAAAUAAAAACCUGCUGCCAACUAGUGUUUCGGAGGCAUACCUGCCAACCUUUCCCGGGAGUCUCCCGCAUUUCAGACCUAUCUUCCACCACCCUCCCGUUUUGUUAUUUCUGCUGGAAAACUCUUGUCAUUUCACCUACACCCCCCUUCCAACCCCAACCCCCAGGUCCUAAACUUUUUGGUACAGUCUGUAACACCCCUGGGUCGCCAGCUUUGGUAUAAUAUCCGAUCGCCGAGCUCAACCAAAUCCUGGUGCAUAAUACAGUUACAAACCCGGUUCUUAGCUGGGAUAUUCAGACACCUCAGCCCUGAUACCAACUGCCUACCCCCACCACCAGUCUCCUGGAUUUUCAGAGACAAAUAUUGGCAGGUAUAUUAGGAGGUGUUAUUGCAGAGCAACACAAACAGCAUGCAGAAGUACAAAUGCGCGACUAUGCGCAAGGCUUGCGUCGUGGGUCAUGCCGAUCGCCCGACAUGGAAGUAUAAAUCAGCCUUGAAUGGCUAACAAACAUGUCUUACACAAUACACAUGUAACAAACAUAAGUGUUACACAGCUCAAAGAUCAAGUUCUUAUUGUGUGCUAGAAAAUCAGGAUGUUGCAAAAAUAAAAAUAAAAACUGCGCUGAUCAAGUUAACUAGCAUGACUAGCCUGUUAGCCACUGUGCGUGCCUCUGCUAAGCAAAGGCCCCGCCGAGUGCUUUUCUACUCAAAAUGAGCAUAAGAGUUGUGUUUUGUUGUGUGCCGGCGUCCAGUUAUCCGACGCCGCAUGUGUGUGUGUGUCUCUGUAAGUGUUUUUUUUUUUGUCUUUCCUGGCCAAGGAUGUCCACUGCUUUCGUUCUCUUCCCACGUUUCUACACCUCCGCAAUCAUGUGUGUCUUUCGCCUCCUGCUUUUCCCUCCUUUAUAUUCAACAAACUCAUGGACUCUCACCGUCUUAGAAUUGUAAAAAAAGAAAAAAGUUCUAUAUAAAUAUAUAUAUAUAUAUAUGAUUUUGUAUUGAUUUGAGAGUUUUACACUACUUUAAAUUAUUAAUUUGCACAUUAGGUACCGAUGUAAAUA